AUGGGAAUUCUGUUUUACCUCGCACUUAGCGUCGCUGCGUUCGGUUGGUCCGAGUUUAACAGCAAUUCGGACGGAGAGCUCUGGGAUCCCUUGACUAUCCAAGAAUUCACGUCCGAUGUUCUCGACACUAUCAAUAAGGAUGCAGCCCAGACUGCUUCGAGCGAGCCGGAACAGCGAUUCGGUUUCAAUGCGGAAGACUGGAUGAACCGCAACGCGUAG